GCUCCCGCAUAACAAACACCUACAUCUCUCCAUAUGCAACCAAAAGGUUUUACACACAGUCGAUAUCAACGACUGUAGUUUGGUUGCUUGUAUACAGCCCAUAAUCGCGUUGCCUGUGUCGGCAGCGAGCGCUAGCGCGUUUCUGGGGGUCUGCCUGCUCGAGCUAGAGCACGCAUGGAUUUCGAGUUUGGACUUUGAGUUAUCGCGGAAGCGUCUGGCUGUGUCACCAUCGGCGUCGAGUACCAUCGUGCUCCCGAGUAUCAAUAUCCCACGCAACUGGAUCAGUUCGAUGCCGUGAUUGACUGGGCCUUGGGUGAGGAAGGGAAGAGCAGGGGAAUUACCAAGGUCUGUGGUGGUGGUGACAGUGCAGGUGGGAAUAUGACUGCCGCUUUAGCCUUCCGCAGACGAGACGAAGGCAAGGAAAAUAUGGCAGGGCAAAUCCUGAUCUACCCCGAAACACGUCUCCCAUUCGAUACGAAGGUGUGUCAAGAGAAUAACGCCACGGCGGAUGGAAGUCAUCUAUAUCUCGAGGCGAACGGGAUCCCGGGCUUUGCGCAGAAUUACUUACCUAUGAGCGUUCCGCCGUCCACGUCCUACACGUACAGCAUUCCCCUCCCCAAAAUAAUGAUUUCCUUCUCUGUUUAGUUCACCCGGCAUGCAAGACCCCUCAGGCCUCAAAAACCUUUCCCCCGCCCUCGUCUUCACCAGCGACUUCGACCCCCUCCGCGACGUCGGUGUCGAAUAUGCAUACAAACUACAGAAAGCUGGCGUCGACACAGAAUGAGUGCAUCAUCCGGAUAAGACGCACGGGUGGGUCCAGUUUGGGGGUUUUAGUGACGAGUGUUUGGAGGCUACGAGGGAUUUGGGGAGGAGGAUGGGGGAGUUGGCGCAUGGAAAGCAGACUUAGAGACCAGGGAAGACUGCGUAGUUGGAAACUUGC